AUGGAGUUAAGCAGAGAGGAAAAUAAAGACGUUUUGCAAAAGUGUGUUAUAAAGCGUGACGUGGAUGUGAGCCAAAUUUAUCUCGUCAGAAGAGGGCUCAUUUCUGUGCCUGAUUUAUCGAAGUUCUCCAUGCUGAGACGUGUGUGGCUCAACAAUAACAAGAUCCGAGAGGUCUCCAGAACUUCAUUUAACUGUUGCUUGACCGAAUUGUAUCUUCAGAACAAUGAUGUUAUCUCAAUUUCAGGUGCACUGAGACACCUGCCAUGUCUAUGUGUGCUACUCCUGCACAAUAACCAGAUGAAGAGUCUGGAGGACACUGUGGCAGAGCUGAAGAACAUGCAGAACCUCCAUACUCUUUAUCCUGAAUAUCGCCAUUAUGUGGUCAACCAUUUGCCAUCUGUGCAGUUUUUAGACAGAAAAGAAGUUAAGCAAGGGGAAAGAAGGCAAGCUUUCAAGCUGUUUCGCAUAGAAAGACAGAGGGUAUUGGAUUCUAUUGCCUUUGGCAGACGAGAAUUAUCGCCUCCUGCAGGAAGGAAAUUGACCAACAAGAUCAGGAAACAAGCAGGUAACAUACAGCUAACUAGAAAUUCUCAAAAAAUUAACCAGCAUUUGAACAAUCAAAUAACCUAUCCUACCUAAUCUAAUGGAUUGUUAUUGUUCUCAGGUCAACACAGCUUAAGGAAAAGGUUUGUGUUGCAAGGAUGGACAUAUUUUAAAUGUUUAAACAACAGCAAAUUUAAUGCCACAAGAGUUUACCUUGUGAUUUUUUUUCUUUAGCUGCCUUUCUGAUGGCACCAGAAACCCAUCAGUGAGCAGACCUACACAGAAGUCCAUCAUACAGUUCUCCAUUAUGAACUGGAGUGGUACGAGUAUGGCUCAGUGGAACCAGCUAGAAGACUUGAGUAAACCUGCAUCCAACAUCCUAACUGUCAAACUUAGAUGAGUUCCAGAUGUCUGCCGCCACUUUAACCAUCAUUCUAGAUCGCACAAGGGAUACUUUUGUGUAACCACACGUUUGACAAGGCCAGGCACUUUAAAUCCCUGAAAAACAGCAGACAUGUCAUUUCAGCGUCAAUAAACAUUUUCAAGACUAAGAGUGUUUAAAUUAUGCCCACUUAAACAGCUGUAGCGAGUGAUGUUUCAUAUUUGACAACCAUAUGUUCAUUGUUUAUCAGAAAACAGGUGAUCUAACAGUUCAGUGAUAGAUUUUAUUCACUUUACGUAAUAUUACAGCAUUUCAAUAUUUUCAUGUCUCAGAAAAGUAACCACUGCGUUUAACCCUUAUGUUGGUUUAACCCAGAAGACUUUUUUUUUUUCUCACUUUAACCAAUUGGAAUAAAAUUCCUUGACUAUUCACAUUUGGUAUCUGAAAACACAAAAAAAAAUUAGAUCAUUUUCUUUAAAUUUUUUUGGUUUUAUUUCACUUUGUUACAAUUGUUUUGUUCCUGGUCAGAAAUUACUAGCAAAUUGGAAAUACAGAAAUAUUAGGUGUUCAGGACAAUCCCAAUCCUUUAGAUGAGCACAUACAGUAUGUGGAUGUGUGUUUGCACACAAAGUCCUUGGACGUGCACACACACACACACACAAUGCGUGUUAAGCACCCUUUUGUGCAUCGUCUUUGAUUUAUAACACAUGGCUCUCUCAUCUUUUUAUGGUUUUAUCAACUCUGAAUAUAAUUCUUGUGAUAACAAAAUUGCAAAUGACAGGGUUCCCACAGUCAUGGAAAACCUGGAAAUAUCAGGGAAUUUUACAGUUGUGAUUUCCAGGCCUGGAAAAGUCAUGGAAAUUAAUAAAAUCAUCAAAGUCAUGGAAAAAUCAUGGAUUUGUUUUUAUGGUUAAUAUAUAUUUUUUUUUAUUAUGCUCUGUCCUAAAAUAUUUAACCAGGGUGUUACGUUGCACUGGAUUUAAAACACACGGUGAAGAGUUUAAUAUAUAUAAUGUUAUUUAGAAUACCUGACCAAUUAGAUUGCUUUCACUCUAGUACUUCUGGAGUGUAACUGGGUUCGAAAGACGUCAAAGUUCGGUUCGUUUGGAUAAUGUGAACAUUGUUUUUCGAACUCGGGUGCGCACCCAGGAACCGCACCAGAGUCCACUUGAAAAAGUGACUUCAGUACACUUCGCUGCUGAUAUGAAUGCAAUGGUACCAAAUCAUGGAAGUGAACUAGGGCUGGGCGACAUGUAAAAAAUAUUUUUAGCGAUAAUCAACUUUAAAAAUAAUGCCACAAUUAUAUCGUCAACCCCCCUGCUAAGGGUCGGUGAAAAUUAUUUUUUUAUUAAUUUACUGAAACACGAAAAACAUAAACAUUUUUAAAUUCAAAUUGCACUUUAACCUAAACGAAAAAAGCAAUUAAAAUAAUAAUAUAAAAAAAAAACUAUAAAAAUCGUAUAUAUAAACACCUCCCUGAAUCCAAACAUCCACCGUCUCCAACGGCCACAUUUGCCAUUAUGCAAAUAUACGUCCGUGACUAUAGAUGGAAAAUUACUAAUUGCCUAAAGAUUAGGAACUAAAGACAAUUAUAACACAACUUCUUGUUCAGUCACUUGUCAUAACUAGACUGGACUACUGUAAUGCUCUCAUUGCAGGCCUCCCUGCAUGUGCAAUUAGACCCCUGCAAAUGAUCCAGAUUGCAGCAGCACAUCUGGUCUUUAAUCAACCAAAGAGAGCGCAUGUUACACCACUCCUUGUCUCUCUACACUGGCUGCCGGUUGAUGCACGUAUCAAGUUCAAGGCUCUGAUGCUGGUGUACAAAACAGUAACUGGGUCUGCUCCAGCAUACAGCAGAAUCAUUUCUGCAGGGCUACGCGCCCACUAGAAGCCUGCGGUCGGUUAAGGAACGUCGCCUUGUUGAACCAACACAAAGAGGCACCAAAAUACUUUCCCGGACUUUUGGCUUUAUCAAACCAUGUUGGUGUUGUUAAAAAAAUGGCUAAAAACACAUCUUUUCCAUGAGCACUUAACCAGUCAAAAAAAAAAAAAAAAAAAAAAAAAGAUUCUUGUUGCACUUUUAUCUGUUUUGAAUACUAUUCUGAUGCUAGUGAAAAUUUGUAAUAUGGCACUUUUCGUACCACUGUCUCAUUAAGAUUAUUCGCUUAUGUUUUUCCUCUUUUGUAAGUCGCUUUGGAUAAAAGCAUCUGCAAAAUGAAUAAAUGUAAAUGUAAUAAAUGUAAAGAUGAUAAUAAUAAUAAUAAUAAUAAAGCCUAAUAAAUUCCCUUGUGUUCCCAAAAUAAUGCUGCUAAAUGUGUGUUUUUAUCGAAUGUGUUUGUAUUGUGUUUUGGUAAAACAGUUAAUGCUGCCUAAAGAAAUAAAAUAGAACUCAAUUUUAGGUUCAAGGUGAAGGUGUCUUGUAUUAUUGUAUGAUUUAAUCACUUCCGUCUUUGUUUCUUUAACACAAAUAAAUAUAUUACUAAACCUGCAUAGUUGUGUUCACAAUGCAUGUUAAGCGCAAACUGGUCCUUGGAAAUAAAGCAAACUAAACUCACAGCACCUCCUGAGAUGAUCGGAGAUCAUAUGCAGCAUUCUUAUAGAUGACAUUAUUCUUGCAAACAGUUUUCAGACGAAUGAAAACUCUUUAUAUGCGCUUGUUCCACAAGACAGGCUUGUGCUGCACGCCUCUGAACAAACAGCGAAUCCGACAUGAGCACUGACAGCUUUUCUUAGACUUUUCUUAAAAAUAUAAUGGCUGUGUCUCGUUUGGGAGGAUGCAUCCUCCAGAGGUUGCAUUUGUCGGCCGCAUACAUCAUCGAGGCUGUCUCGUUUCAGAAAAGCAAGUAGAACACCUCGAAUGUAGCCUUCGAAUGUGACCUUCUUUCACGGGAAUUCGGAGGAUGCAUGAGGUGUAUCCUUCGUGGGCACUCACAACCCACAAUUCUUUGCUUCAAUGGAAAUGUCUAAAUAAAAAUGUUAAUUCCCAAGUUGAAGUACCUCAGUAGGUGGGUGCAGAGUAUAUAAUAUGUAUAAUUAUAUUAAUAUAUAAUUAAAAUAUAGUAUUAGACUAAAAGUACACCUGUAAAAUCUAUUUUCUUUUCUCUUUACAUCAUUAUACAGUUGUGCUCAAAAGUUUGCAUACCCUGGCAGAAAUGGUGAAAUUUUGGCAUUAAUUUAGAAAAUAUGACUGAUCAUGCAAAAAAACUAGAACACUAGGUAAGUUGCAUCCUUUGAAGGCUGCAAUAUACCGAGCGUCCUCCUUUAAACAAGUCUUGUUUAAACGAGACGGCCUUUGUAGGACGAACGGAAUCAGAACGUAUCAUGAUUGCUAUGACAGCACGCCACUCUUUAACAAGCGCGAGCGCUUCGAGUGAGAAGGGAACAAAUUCCCUUUAGAAGGGAAUGUAUGAGGUAAAUUUUAGGAGAGUUACAGUUGGGCUCAAAAGUUUGCAUACCCUGGCAGAAAUGGUGAAAUUUUGGCAUUGAUUUAGAAAAUAUGACUGAUCAUGCAAAAAAAAACUGUCUUAUAUUUAUAUAUAUCCUUGAAUGUUUGGCCUUGUUACAGACACACAAGGUGACACACACAGUUUUAAAUGGCAAUUAAAGGUUAAUUUCCCACACCUGUGGCUUUUUAAAUUGCAAUUAGUGUCUGUGUAUAAAUAGUCAAUGAGUUUGUUAGCUCUCACUUGGAUGCACUGAGCAGGCUAGAUACUGAGCCAUGGGGAGCAGAAAACAACUGUCAAAAGACCUGCGUAUCAAGGUAAUGGAACUUUAUAAAGAUGGAAAAGGAUAUAAAAAGAUAUCCAAAGCCUUGGAAAUGCCAGUCAGUACUGUUCAAUCACUUAUUAAGAAGUGGAAAAUUCGGGGAUCUCUUGAUACCAAGCCAAGGUCAGGUAGACCAAGAAAGAUUUCAGCCACAACUGCCAGAAGAAUUGUUCGGGGGACAAAGAAAAACCCACAGGAGAAAAACAGGCUGCUCUGGAAAAAGACGGUGUGGUUGUUUCAAGGAGCACGAUCAUGAUCAGUCAUAUUUUCAUAUAUUUUUUGCAUGAUCAGUCAUAUUUUCUAAAUCAAUGCCAAAAUUUCACCAUU